AUGUUUUCUCCAUAUAUUGACGAAAGUCUCACCAAUAUUGAUAUUGGGGAUACAGUCAAAGCAAACACAUUGCGUCAUAUUACGUUUGGUUUUGUAAUCUCUGGAUCACAAAAUAACCAACCCAUCUGGGGCAGCGACAGUCUUGUUGGCCAGUCAAGUACGUCUGCCGAUCAAAAAAUGAUCGAUGCGCGUUCCAACGGUGCUCAGGUUAUUGUAUCGUUUGGCGGGGCUGCUGGCAGCGAACUUGCGCUGGUCAGCUCUUCUACAGAGCAGCUUCAAGCAACUUACCAAUCCGUAAUUGACUACUAUGGCGUAUCAACUCUUGAUUUUGACAUUGAGGGAACUACGCUUGACAACAUCGACAUCAACAGCAGACGGUUUGAUGCCAUCAAAGGGCUGAAGCGUAAAAAUGCCAAUCUGGAAAUCAUUUACACAUUACCAGUAGAAACCAUGGGACUAAUACAAAAUGGUCUUGACUUUGUCAAACUGGGUAUAAGUCGCGGUGUAAAGCCAGACAUUGUUAAUAUCAUGACCAUGGACUAUGGCAGCCAACAAAACAAUAUGGGUGCUGCAGCCAUUUCAGCUUCGCAAAACACAUACCAACAAAUGAAAGAUCUCGGACUUGAUGUAUUUAUUGGCAUCACACCCAUGAUUGGCGUAAACGAUCAAAGCGGAACGUUUACUGCCAAUGACGCAGGCAAUGUUGUUGCCUUUGCCAAGCAAAACAGCUAUGUCAAACUACUGUCAUUUUGGUCCUUAAAUCGUGACAAUGGUCUUAAAAGGUCGCUAGAUUAUAGUAGUAUGAUUGAUCAAGGAGUUUUUGAUUUUUCCAACCAGUUUGCGACUUUUCAAAAGUAA